AUGGCCAGCUUGCAGAAUUUGAGGCCAUGGAACUCCCUGGAAGAGCGAGGGCUACCAUCCGCCGGCGUUGACUCCCUAUCUGGUCAAUCGGCAGAAUGUUUAGAAAGACUAGCCAAUUAUGACCCCCCGCCUUUACCAGACUUUGGUAUCAUGAAGCAGGCCUCAGUGCUUGUGGGGCUCUUUGAGAAGGAUGGUGAGCUUCAUGUGCUUCUGACGACUCGCGCGAAGACCUUGCGGAGACACCCUUCACAAACUGCUCUUCCGGGAGGUAAAGUUGACCCCGAAGACGAAGAUGUCAUCUUUACUGCCCGCCGAGAGGCUAAUGAAGAGGUUGACCUCCCACUGAACCAUCCAUCAAUACAUCACCUGACUAUCCUUGAUCCGGUCAUGACGAUUCUACCGCUGAACGCUCACAUGAAGAACCACAUCGUUGUCACUCGCAAGUUCCUCACCUCCCGGGAGGCGACACGACUAACGUCGAUGAUAGCUGUGGUAUGCUUCCUCUCGGAUCCUUCUUUACUCAUUCAUCUUCGGCCGAGUCCCGAUGAGGUGGACGCAAUCUUCACGCACCCGCUGAAAGGCUGCUUGACGGGCGAGGUAGAAGGCAAGAAUUGGGAAGGGCUGUCGGAAAAGGGCGGGGAGUGGUGGCCGUACGAAGAAGAAUUCCAUUCUACCGAAGAUCGGAUAGGAGUCACCGGCGGCUACAGGAUGCAUCGCUUCAGAAGUGAACGCACCCCCAUUAAAGGCCUCACAUCAGACAUCCUCAUACACACCGCCACUGUAGCAUAUGGUUCCUCUCCAUCGUUCGCCCGUUUCGCCUCCGAUCAGCCUUCCUUCUCAAGUGCCAUCUCGGACGUUGUCCUAGAGCUUCCAAGAGUCAUAAACAGCAGCUCGUCCACAUCUCCUGGAGGAACUCCGCGUGUACUGGAGUGGGGUGGGACAGAGGUGGGACAACGAACCAUCAGCGGAGAAACCUGGGCGCUGGACUAA